AUGAAACCUACUUUAGCAAGGUCAAAACAAAAUUCAAGUACCUCUAAAACUAAUUGGUCAUCAAGAAUAUGGUCCAAAUUAGAUGAUGGUUGUUCUUUUGGAACGGUUCCCAUUAGAAGGAUUACUAGAGAGGAUCUUAUUAGACAACGAAAUAUGCCACCGCCAGAAGAUGUAAUAUCUGACGCCGAAUUGACUACUAUGAAUAAUAAACGUGAAUCAAAAAGAAGAUAUAUAUCUUCACAAGGAUACAAGUUGGCAAUAGUUCGAACUCCAUAUAAUCCAAAGAACAAAUUUGCGGGAGCUGAAAUGUCCAGUAGUCUAUAUAAUCCUCAAGUUGAAGGUCAGCAACACAGUGCAUGUCGAUUGAAAAUUCAAAAAGAAUCAGACAUUAUACAAGUUGGUUGGAGAGUGGAUCCAACUCUAUAUAAGGACAAUAAAACUAGGCUUUUCGUGCAUUUUCAAGCUGGUGAUAAACAUUGUUUCAAUAUAUUAUGUCCCGGUUUUGUGCAAGUAUACCCUGAUAUACCUGUUGAUAUAGUUUUCAAUGAUACUUCACAACGUGGAGCAGGGGGUUCAUGGGAGUUCCCGAUGCUUAUCGAACGGGAUGAAACCAAUGGAAAUUGGUGGCUUUUACUUGAUGAAAGAAAUAUCCAAAUUGGUUUUUGGCCUCAAAAGAUUUUCACAAGCUUGACAGGCUUUGCUAAUAACAUUGAGUGGGGAGGUGUCGCGUACAGCCCACCAGGCGUGCCUAAACCUCCGAUGGGAUCAAGUUAUUUUCCUAUUGGAAACAUUGGUUAUGAUGCUUAUUGCGGAAAGCUUACAGUUUUAAAUCAUAAAGGUGUAUUAAUAAACAUAUAUAGAACGUUAGUACGUGUUGACGAUACUAAUUUGUAUCGACUUAUAGAUGACCCACGAAUGGGACCUGGAAAAUUGAAACAUUAUGUAUUGUACGGGGACCAGGAGAAAGUCAACUACUUUAAAUAUAAUUACUUUGAAAGUAAACAAAAUAUGUCACAAAUAUUUGACUUUGAGACAAUAUAUGUAUUUGUAGCAGCCUUCACUCUGUUUAGAAUAAUUUUAACUAAAUAUAUCUAAAGAAUAUUUUUAAGAA